AUGUCAUCAUCUUCCGAUGACAACACUCCAUCAUCGAGUGAACCUAAGGAUCCAGUCGUUAUGAGAUUGGAGGCUAACAAAUUACGUUUGGGAGCAACAAGAAAAGACUAUGAAUUACUCAAUGUUCUUGGAAAAGGAUCUUUUGGCGUUGUUUUUCUAGGAUACUCAAUUCAUGGCAGCAAACCAAAAGUUGCUAUCAAAAAAGUCGACAAGGAAUUGUUACUUACCGAAUAUAAUAUUGAACGCUUGAAUAGCGAAGUUAUGAUUCAUAUGAAUAUGAAACAUGAAAAUAUAGUAGAGCUCUUUCUUUAUUUUGAGGAUUACAAUGCCUAUUAUUUAGUGAUGGAGUGGUGUGAAAACGGAGAUAUGUACAAGUUUUUACGCAAAAACACACGAUUCAACGAAGCACAGACAAAGCACUAUUUCAUUCAAAUUAUUAAUGCUCUGAUUUACUUGCAAUCAUUCGGGGUACUUCAUAGAGAUCUUAAACUUUCUAACAUGCUACUAACUAACGACUAUAAAACUCUCAAACUUUCAGAUUUUGGGCUUUCCACAAAGCUGGAUAGUGCAGACGAAGAACAAAGCACUAUUCUUGGAACUCCCAACUUUAUGGCUUUUGAGAUUGUAAAUAAUAAGAAAUAUGGUUUGAAGGCCGAUAACUGGUCACUAGGUUGUAUACUUUACUCAUUUCUUGUAGGAGAAACCCCCUUUGAUGAAAAGUCGAGAAGCCAAACGUUUGAAAGAAUUCGAACGCUCAAUUACAACAUCCCAGAUUAUGUAUCACAAGAUGCCAAAGAUUUAAUAAGGCUUCUACUUCAUCCAGAUCCAACAAAACGAAUUUCUUUGAUUGAGGCAAAAUCGCAUCCAUUUCUUCGAGAAUUAAUACCAAAAACUAUUUCCUCACCUUCAACACCAUCAUAUUCGGACGAACCUAGGAAUUCUCAACACGAUCCAAAAACGAAAAAUCCAUUUAACACUCUACGGAUUAAACCUUUCGUACAUAAGAAGAAUGAGGUAAACAUUGAAAUUGACGAAUUGGGAUUUGUGUAUCUCACAUUCUGCAAUGGAGAACGACGAUUUAUAGUUUCAAAAGAUGGAAACACAAUAUGGUACGAAAAGAAAGCCUCAAAACGAAAGGAGUUUCGAUUUAUUGACAUGCCUCCAUCGGUGGAAAAAUACUAUGAAUAUGCAAGAAAUGUAAUUGAGACUAUCAAGAGCAAAACGCCAAAAAUUAUCUAUUUAUCGAGUGAGUUUAAAUGCAUUCAAAUGGAAAAUGAUCCAUUUCCAGAUUAUGAGACAGCCAUUUUUUCAAAUGGUAUAAGAAUGGUGUAUCAGCGGAAGAAAAACUUACUCGUGAUUCGAUUUGCCAAAGAUCGAUCCGUAACCAUUCACUUAUCCAAGGAUUUAACACAAUACUCAACCGAAAUGGAUUUGACAGACAAUCACAAAAUUGUGAAAGUGGAGGGCUCUCUGAGUGUAGAAGAAAGCGAAAUAUUAUUUAACAACACCGUGCUAUGGAACAGCUUAUCCAUUGUAAAGAAAGGAAUCGAAAAAGUGGAGCAAGCAGAGGUGGAAAUGCAGCCAGAAAAUUAUCCCUUCCUGAUCAAUGCAGUGAGCAAAACCUCAGGACCUAUGAGUCCAACACUCAGCGAAAGCACUCUAAGUGGCAGCAACUCAUCGAGCAGUACCCUUAAUAGAUGCCUACUAUCCACUAUUUCAUACUCGACAAACAAUAGCGACACUCAUUAUGAAGAGGAGAACUCGUCAAACCUGUGCGAUGAAUAG